GUUAUAUAGUGUUCACUUUAGGAGUUUAAAGUUUCAUCCCUUUCUUCGACGAAUAAGUACAAACGUAAACAUUCGAACAGUUUUCAAAAACUCGGUUAUUUGAUUCUGGUCUGCAAAAUAUUUACCUAUUUAAGUGUGCUUUGUUCGAGUGAGGUUAAAGUUACAAGAUUUUUUUUCAUAACGGAAAUGAUUCAGGAAAACCCAUGAGCAGCUAUGGCAUUAUGAUCUAAUUUGUUAGUGAAUUAUGUUCAAUUAAGUGAAAAAGUUGCUGAUGUACCAGACAUGCCAACUGGAGAAGUUUUUGUGCUUCUACACCAAAAGCUUUUCCACCAAUGAGAUGACAGAAGGAGGAGUGCGAGACUAGAAAAGCUCUCAAAAACUUCUCACAUACCAGCCAGUUGUGACAUGUUGCCAUUUUAUAGGCUAGUGUUGACCGUGCAAUUUGUAAGCCCACGAUACGAGAAACAAGGACUGGGUUUUUUUAUGGAAUAUAUCAGUGUUACAAUCUUCUCAGCAUCCAAAGCGCCUUGCGCGUAAAACACGCGAUUAAUAGCCCACCGUUACAUUUUUGUUUUUUUUUCUACAAAACUUUAAUCCACGAAGAUGUCUAAGGAACCGGAUAAAACUUCUACUGGGACAGAAAGCUCAGCUUUUCUUGGCGAUGUAGACUCUGAUUGCGCGUCGUCUCCAUCAAUGUCUGACGACCAAGAAUCCCAUUCGCAACUGGGCACCAGUAAUAAGCCGAACAUUGAAGAGGACGGCCGCUUCCCUCCGUGCAUUAGAGAUGCUGUGUCGCAGGUCCUCAAAGGCUAUGACUGGUCCCUGCUUCCGAUGCCUAUGCAGGGUAACAGGUCUUUGAAAGAUAAGCCUCAUGUAAAGAGACCCAUGAACGCUUUUAUGGUGUGGGCGCAGGCUGCGCGCAGAAAACUGGCGGACCAGUAUCCCCAUCUUCAUAACGCAGAGCUCAGCAAGACCUUGGGCAAGUUGUGGAGACUGCUCUCUGAGAACGAGAAGAGACCAUUUAUAGAAGAGGCAGAAAGACUGCGGGUCCAGCACAAGAAAGACUAUCCGGAUUAUAAAUACCAGCCACGAAGGCGAAAGAGCAUGAAGCCGGAUCAAAGUGAGUCAGACGAGAAGAAUCAUCAUCCCACGGAUCAUAUAUACAAGGCAGAACCAGUGCAAUCGCAUGGCCCUCCUACGCCUCCCACCACCCCUAAGGCUGAUCAGCAUCAAGGAACGAAACUAGAGUCAAGGCGUGCAUCAGAAAACGUGAGGCAGAACAUUGACUUUAGCAACGUGGAUAUAUCAGAGCUCAGCAGCGAUGUCAUUUGCAGCAUGGGACCCUUUGAUGUACGUGAGUUCGAUCAGUACCUGCCGUUAAACGGCCACGGAGCGGUUAACAUUGAAAACGGCGGUGGGCAGCACUCCAGUCCUGGCUGCUUCAGUACGUACCAUCAUCAUCAUGCCCACAGCGGUGGUUCGACGUGGAACAAAGACUCUGGAUCGCCAUCCACAUCCUUGCAUAAUGGCACAAAUGAGUCAAGCCAACAAAGGCCGCUCAUUAAAACAGAACAAUUAAGCCCCUCUCAUUAUGGAGAGUCACACGGGUCACCGAUCCAAUCUGAACUGGGAUCAUCCUCCAACUCCCUGACUGACUGUUCUGACCUACACAACUCCACUUACUAUACUACGUUUUCAGGGUAUCCUUCCAGUAUCUAUCAGUAUCCAUAUUUCCAUUCCUCUAGAAGGUCAUAUGUAGCCCCUGUAUUGAACACUUUGUCCAGUCCAUCCCAUAGUCCAGGGGCAAGCUGGGAACAGCCAGUUUAUACGACUUUAACGCGGCCUUAAUGUUUGUUUUGUAAACACUUGAUGUGUCACAUUAAGAUUUCUGGGACUGUGUGGCAUUUGAAUGUAUAUACUGUACAGUAGGAUAUACCCAAAAUGCCUUUGUUGGCAGCUCACUGAGAGGGGUGUGACACAUUGAUUUUGGGCAGUGUUUUACUGGAUAAAUGUUUAAUAGACUUUUCUGGUAUUUGCUUUUACAGAAUGCUUCAGAUUUAUAUAAGCAGAUAUAGGUUGAAAUUAGAAUUUGAUAAAGUAAGUUUGAAGUCAUUGUAAAAUACACAAUUGUGACCUCACGUUCUGUAUUAAUGCGCAAAGUUGCCACGUUGCUUGCCAAGAGCAUUUUUUGGUAAAUAAUGAAUUAUAUUUCAUGUCGGAUUAUUAUUAUCAUCAAUAAAUGUAACUGUUUAUAAAAAACU